AUGGAGCCAGUCGGACUCGCAGUUGGCCUUGUCGGCCUCUUCAGCACUUGCAUGGAUGUUAUGCAGCGGGUUGACUCAUACAGAACCGCUGACCGCGACUCGCGACAGCUCGACGCCCAGCUCAAUGCGACCAUGCAUCUCUUGGAGCGAUGGGGUGACGGUGUCGGCAUCAGUAAGGGCGAGCUCUCGGACAAUCAUCACCCAGAUCUUGAUGACCCGCGCACGUAUGCAGUGGUCCAGGGUCUGCUGAAUAGUAUCAAGGAUUUCUCCACGACGUCGAAUGAACCCCCAAGCCCCAAGGCCCUUCAGAAGGCUCCGUCGUUUCCAGUAUCGGGAGACUUAUCUUCGCAUGGCCCUAAGAUCUCUAGGUGGCAGAAGACAGCAUGGGCGCUUCGCGGAAAGCUGAAGCAUACAGGCCAUGUCCAAGCACUUGCGGGCCUCGUGUCAGAUCUCUAUAACGUUGUUUCCCCCGAUACUACCGGAUCAAGCGCCUUAACACGAGCUCCGAGCUUCAAGGAUCUAUCGAUAAGCGCAGGCGAGCCACCAUAUGCUGUUGAGAUUCGUGAGCUACUUGGGAAGAUUGAGGAAGAAAUGGAAGCUGAUAGGAUACGGGAUUUGCAUUUAUGGCUCGGGGCUCCGCCGCCAAAUGAUGUGUUCAGCGACUCAAACGACAGGCGUGUUGAAGAAACAUGCGAAUGGAUUCUCCGUCGUGAGGAGUUCCUAGAGUGGCAGAAGCCUUCUUCCUCGUCCAAAUUACUCUGGAUCAAAGGCCCAGCUGGGUUUGGGAAAACGGUCCUUUGCGCCAGAAUUGUUCAAGAGCUUGAAAGAACAGCACAAGAGUCCGUUGCGUACUUCUUCUUAUCGUCAAGAUAUGAUGGACGUGACGAUCCUUUCUCAGCCAUCCGAGCAUGGCUAACGAUGUUGAUACAACGCAGCUCACUGGCUCGAGAUAUCGUGACAAAGGCCCGGUUAUCGCAGCACGAGCCACUGGCGAACCUGACAACCAUACUACAAGUUUUCCGCGAAGUUGUCGUCGGAGCUCCAGGCUGCAUUCUUGUUCUGGACGGAUUGGAUGAAUGCACUGGGAUGGCCAAUACAGACGCAAAGUCCGUCCCUCAUUUUCUUGAGGAGUUGCAAACAACUAUCACCAAUACUACGGCCAAGAUACUCAUCUCAAGCCGUGGCGACCCUGUCAUACAGCAAGGCAUUUCUGGUUUCCCUGGACACAGCGAGUAUACCAUCAUUCCAGACGAUGUUGGGCCAGACCUAAUGGCAUACUCAUCUGAACUUGUCAAAGCAAAGUUACCAAACAAGGAUGAACCAACGAGAGCCUCUAUUGCACAAAAAAUGAAAGAGAGAAGCGAGGGUCAGUUCCAGUGGGUCAAGCUUCAGGAAGGGUCUCUGAGAAAGGGACGGAGCAGAAAGCAACUUGAACGAGAGAUUGAUGAGACUCCGUCUGGUCUUGAUAGUCUCUACGACCGAGAAUGGAACAGGAUCAACUCAAUGGGGGACUCGGAUAAAAAUAGAGCUCUUUCAUUGCUGCGAUGGACCGCGUUCGCAUUGAGACCGUUGACAGUGUACGAGAUUACGGAAGCCGUCCUCAUAACAAAUGACAUAGAUGAGUUGCCUUUGGAAGAGAUGCCAGAUUGUUUCGACCGGGAUUAUGUUGACAGUAUGAUCCUGGAGCUUUGCGGAUCACUGAUUGAAGUCCGGCGUGUUUCAUCGUCUGAGAGUACCGAAAGCCCCAAACCUAUCCAUGAAUCAGAAGAGGAUUCUGUUGGUUUACAAGAAGUUCACUUAUCACACUUCUCUGUCAAAGAAUACCUCCUCCUCCUCAAGACCUUUCCCGGCACUAAUACGUUGCUGUCAAAUGAGAAACUCCGCGUCACCAACGAAGAUUUCCACAAUACUACUCUCGCAAAUCAUUGUCUUCGUUUCAUUAGCUUCCGUGGAGCUUGGGAAAUCUUAAAGACAAACAAUGAUGAAAGACCAGCAAAAUACUUCAUGUUCUACGCGGUACAGAUUGGUCUUGAGCAUUGCCAACGCGUGAAGAACAUUGAUCCGGAGUUACAACAGGCAAUCAUUUCUCUCCUCGAUAGUCGAAACGAGAACUGGCACUUUGUGAAAGAGUUCAUGGAGACCAAGAUCCUCGGUGAUGUACCGGUUCUUCAGGACUCCUCCAUAAGCCCAUUUAUAUUUGCAGUCCGGUUUCAACUCAGAGAUGCUGUGGAGCACCUCAUACGAGAAGGGGGUUUAGACAUAAAUGAUCGAUCAUUUGCCAAUGAGACUCCGUUGUGGCUUGCCUGCCUUACCAAGAAUAAGGAAAUUGUUGAACUACUGGUUGACAAUGGCGCAGACAUCAAUGCAAGAUGCGAUGAAGGAGUAUCGCUGCACAUCAGUGUGGAGGAUGGGAGCGACGAAAUUACAGAACUUCUCAUUUCGAGAGGUGCAGAUGUCUCAGUCGUCGAUGGUGACGGACGAACAGCACUCAACGUAGCUUCAAUGAUUGGCAAUACCAAGGUAGCUCGGCAGCUUAUUGACAGCGGAGCUGAUGUAUCACACGAAACAAGAGAUGGCUUCACACCACUCUCGAUGGCUUGUAGCAGAGGACAUGUUGAAUUGGCCAAGCUUCUUAUUAAAAGCGGUGCGGAUGUCAAUCAAGUUCUGGCCAACGGGUACCGCCCGCUUUUUCAGGCCGUGUGGCACAACCAGUCAGAACUUGCCGAGUUACUGAUAGACGAAGGUGCGGAACUACUCGAUGGGUUUCAGCUCGACGGCCGGAUGUUCUCAUUACUUUCUGUGGCGGCUGGUAAGGGAUAUCUCAACACGGUGAAAACUCUGAUAAGCAAGGGUGUCAACCCCAUGGAUGCCCGUCCAUUGCUUCUAGCUGCCUCCUAUGGUGGCUGUGGUGGAUUCUCAGACUUUAUCGACGAAAACCCCGGUUUCCCUCGCUCAGAUUAUCACCAGGUACUACAACUGCUUCUCCAAAGCGGCGCUGAUGUGAACGCCAGUGACGAACUCGGUCAUUCCCCACUCUAUAUGGCCUCUCACUAUGGCUUUACAGAUGCAGUGGAGACUCUGAUCAAGAAUGGCGCUUACAUGGAUAUCAAAUCAGCUUCUGGAGAGACGCCACUUCAUUGUGGUUCAAGGCGAGGGCAUUUCGCGGUAGCGCAGCUUCUUAUGCAAAAUGGAGCUGAUAUCGGCUCUAAAGACAAUUGCGGUCGCACUCCUUUACAUCAUGCCUGCAGGUCAGGAAAUCUUGAAGUUGUCAAACUUGUUAUCGGUUCAUCCCAAACGCAAACGUUUGGCGAGGCUGACCACUGGGGCUCGACGCCUUUAUCCCUUGCAGCAAGGAUUGGUAGCGUUGGUAUCGUCAAGGCACUACUUGAUACAGACACCGUAGAGAUAUCUCUGGUCAAACCCAUUUACGCUGUGUAG